UAUUCGAGUUAAUAUCUGAAACAUCUAACAUCCAAACUAAUUUCCGUGGCACUACUCUACAACGGGCCUAGUCUUUCUGACUGGAAGAGAGGGGUAGUCCUAUUGAUGCAGUAUCUUCAGAUUUGAAGAGCUUGAUUUAAGGAAGUACAAUUGUAGGCUUUCAGGCAAUUUCAUAAUCUCAUGCAUAGAAACAAGUAAAGUAGCCAGGUCUACAACCUAUUCUAAAGGAGCUAAAAAAAUUAUUAAAAAAAAGAACUUACUGAGCAGACAACGGAAAGCUACACAUGACACUUCCUUCCUGACUGACUAAUAAUCAGACCAAAUGUAUGUGAGCAGUUACAUACGGGUUGAAACUUUGUCUGAUUAUUGGGGGGUGUUGUCGUUGGACCUGUUGAUGCAAAUAUUUGUUUAAAUUACAGUUAUAGAUAGAAGCCUUGCAGGCUAUUUAAAAAAGGCCUUUCCGAGUGGACUAGUAGUUUGUCUUAGGGCACAGGAAUCAUGUUCACAGUCACAGUUGGUCUUGUGUGGUUCCUUAGAGGAAGGAAGUGUCGUGUGCAGCUUCCGUUGUCUGCUCAGAAAGUUGUUUUUCUUUUUUCUUUUUUUUAGCUCCUUUAGAAUAGUUUGUAGACCUGGUUACUGUACUUGUUUCUAUGCAUGAGAUUAUAAAAUUUCCUGAAAGCCUACCAUUUUACUGCCUUAAAUCAAGCUCUUCAAAUCUGAAGAUGCUGCAUCAAUAGGACUACCCCUCUCUUCCAUUCAGAAAGACUAGGCCCGUUGGAGAGUAGAGCCACCUUUAGUGCCACGAAAAUUAGUUUGGAUGUUAGACAGAAUUGUAUCAACACAUGAUUAGCCUGCUCAGAUUGCACUCAAUUACAAAAAUAGUUUGCUGUGUAGCUUUACGGUCUUUCCGGUGUUUAUAGGCUUUCCGUUCUGUGUACCUAAGGAUGCAACACAGUUUGAAAAAGGCGGUAGGAAGACAGCGAGUGAGUCACGCAUACGGAACAAUCUCGCAACCUUGCAAUCGCUGGAUGACUUCAAACUAAAUAUAACCGCAAGACCACCUUCCUCGACACUGUAACGCUGGGCCUGCGGGUUCUCAAAUUGCUUGCCUGCGCACAGCAUAGACAAAUAAAGUGUAUUGCCACCAGGAGACGGGGAAUAAGAUAGAACAUCGGUGAGACAAUUGCCCCAAUCUUGAUGGAGGGUAACCCUGUUGUUAAAGUGUCAGUUGCGGAGUUGGCUGGAAUGUUCAAAGGUCACAGUAUCUCCAGUUGUGCUGCGUAUGAUGCGAAUAAGCCGGUUCGACGGAGGCCCCCUCGCACUCUGCAGAUACCUGCCAAAAGUGACGAGAGCCAGGGAGAGGACCAGAAAGCGGACAGCGCCUCUGCACGUCCUGCCAGGUCCAGAAACAGAAACUCUGCUCUUAUUGAGAAGCUGCAGUCCAACCUCGCUCUUUCCCCUGCGGCCUUGUUGCCCUCUCCAAAGAGUCCAGGGUUGAGGCUGCAGCCUCCAGGGUUCUCCCCUAACUGCCCCAGUAGCCCCGUUAGCCCCACACCAGGGGCAGAUAAAAAGGAGGAGGAGUCCCCGGCUAGCUUUGAGAGUCCAGCAGAUGGCGCUCUGCUCCCCAGCAUCAAUAAGAGCAGAGCUCGGCUGUCGGUGAGGCGUCGGCCCCCGUCCCGGCGGGUCAAGAAGUCGGGCAGCGAGGAGAUAGAAGCUGAAGAGGGCGAUGUGGAUUCUUCAUCCUUGCCCACAGUGCGUGCAGAUGGUGGGACUGAGGAAACACACACAGCUGAAACACACACAGAUGACCCUGGAGGCCCUGGCCCUAGCCCUGGCCCUGAGGCAAACACUACCAGUACAGAGGAUCCAAGAGCCGGGCACAAGGCCCAAACACAGGUGAAAAGCCAGGGUAAAGUCCACACGGCUGCUGCUGAGGAUGACGGUGCAGUAGAGACGUCCACAGCCGACAGGGAGGAGGCUGAGAAAAGUCCUACUGAGGCUGGAAAACAGGACAGCACCCCUGAGACCAAAGCCCCGCAAGAUACCGAUAAAACCUCAAGUGUACAAGAAGGCCCAAGCAGAGAGGAGGACAAAGGGUGUCAAGAAUGAACCUCAAAAGUGUGAGGACUGAAACAGAAGAGGAAGAUCACCGUUUUAUGGAGUUUUUAAACCAACCAGAACUCAGUAAAGAAACAAGAAAGUGGCAGAAGGAGGUCAAGGCCAUCUUGUUCUCAGACUCUCAAUUUGAUCUCACCGGAACACCUCAUAUUCACCCAUCUUGUUACAACUCAUUGAUUUUCCCUCAUAAAUUUAAGGGAAACAUCUUUAGGGAGAACUAGGUAACCCCAUCUUUUGGGAGAACUAGAGGUAACCCCAUCUUUUGAGAAAUGCGUUUUGUACCAGAUUCGGCGACUGGCAUUUGUAUACAUAUGCCUUCGGUUGGAUUUGUAGUAUUUGUCCAUUCCAUACAGUUUUGAAGUGAGUUUUGAUAUCUUAAUGAUGAACACCCUAUGAAGAGAAGAGUGUGCACCCUAGUUGUUUGCCACCUCAGUACAAAAUGUAUAUGUAAAUGGUUAUAGUUCAUGGUCAUCUGAGACUGUCAGGGGAAGUCUCUAAAGAGGUGAUUUAAAUGUAAAGUGCGUUACGGUAGUUAUACUCUGGAUUUAAGGUGGCUAUAGUGAAUAUGGGUCAAACUGUAUAAUAUUGCACAAAUAGUGAAGGAAGCCUAUCUUUGAGAGCUCUGAAUGAGACCUUGUGUUAACAUGGUUAAGGUUUAUUGUGUUGUAAAAAUGAACUGCCAAACAAUUGCUCCGUGACUUGUGAUACCAUGCUGUGUUUGUUUGUAUCAGAAUUUUCAAUUAGUUAUCUCUUUAAGAUGUGUGUAACCAGAAUUAUGUACAUACUCAUCAAAGAAUUUCAGCUGUGAUUAGUAUGACUUUGGAAUUACAUUUUGCCUUCAAUGGUGUAAUUUUGAUUUGAUUUUUUUUUUUUUGCUUCAGUGUUCUUUGUACUUAGAAAUUAUGUAAAUACAAUUUACUGUUCUUUGUCGCUGUCUGAUGAGAGUUUGGUAAUGACAUGUUGAUUACAACUACGCUUCCACAAGAUCUUACAGUGAUGUUUUUUAAACAGUAGGGGGCGUUUCCCCCCUCAAUAUCAGUUUCAUCUAUGAUUGACACUGAAAACCUGUGCUAUGUUGCAGAUUGAUGACACAUGUUGCACAGAUGGAUUCUGACAGUAUGUUAGUGAGGUAAACUAUUCAGUACGUAAGUGAAGUACGGUAAACUAUAAAGUACGUAAGUGAGGUAAACUAUUCAGUACUCUACAUCAGCUUAUGUCAGACGGACAGACAUACAUCACUGGUCCAUCUUCUGGCAGUAUCCCUUGCUAAAUAAUGUCUCCAGUGUUAUGUGUCCUCUGCAGGAAAGAGUGGAGUUGUAUACUGGCCCAACACCUCAAAGGCACUGGGUAUUAUUACCUCUGAGGAGCAUUUUACAUUUUCAAUUAUUUGAUUUAUUUAGCUCUUUUCAUACUUUUAGGCAAGUUAAAGAUCUUUAGAUUGACACUGUGAAUAACAUGACAUAUAUUAUAUUAAAAAAAAGAUAUGGUGGCCGUGACAA